AUGCAGGGCAAUUUACUUCCUCCAGAGCUGCAGGAUCGGAUCAUCGACUUCGUCCAAGCUGUCGCACCCGAGUCGCUUACCGCAUGUGCUCUCGUCUCUCGUGCCUGCCGCGCUCGCGCUCAACACCUCAUAUUCUCAUCCACCACCGUCCGGAACAUAGGCGGCUCUCAGACCAAACAUCGAGACGCUUUUAUUCACAUCCUCUCCGCCAAUUCUCAACUCGCCCUGAAGAUUUCUUCGCUUACGCUCGAGCGAUACGAGUGGGUGCCAACCGUCUUGUGGGAAUCUCGCGAUCUGAGCUGGAUUGAGCCGCUGGUGAACCUCCAAACACUCACGCUGAAAGCCGCCCCACGCCAUCGCUUGUCAUACGUGUCCAUGCACACCCUCUUUCCCAUUAUGCGCACCCUGCCCCGUCUCGAAUCGCUGGUCCUCGACGGUGUCUUCGUCGGGAGUCAUAAGCAAGCCGAAGCGUCGUCUGUCCCUUCGCCCCCAAACGAGGUCUCGACAACGAUCGGCCUACAGAACCUCCGCUGCACAGUAUAUAUUCCCAUGGCCGUAUGGCCUAGCGGAAUGCAUCUUACUCCCGUCGAUACUCUCUUCAAGGCGUUGGUAGAGCACGGACUUGUGGUGCAAGGCGGUCUCAAGACGCUCGACAUCCCACACUACCUUCCCUGGGAUCGCCCAGAACCUUCCCAGGAAUUUCUCGCUCAAACAGGCACCUCUCGCCUGCAAAGAUUCGGUGCGAUCUUUGUGGACAAGCGCAGAGAUGGACGCCCGGGUGCCCACCAGGUCCGUGACAUGUUGCGUUGCAUACAAAUCUAUUCGUUCUUGCGCUCUCUGGAAAUCACCUACAUCGACGAGCAGUGCUACGGGUGGUAUGGGCUCGCUCUCUCCGACAUCCCCCAUCAGCCCUCCGAUCUCAUCGACUCCCUCCACGAACACCUCGCGCGCGCGCCGUCUCCCCAUCCAGCGCUAGAAGAGCUCGCGUUAACGAUCGCCUACCCCACCUGUCGCAUGGACGUACACUUCAGGCCCGCGCUCGCGCUCCUCGCUCGGACGCUAUGCGAUCCCGCACUGUACCCGCGCUUCCGUCGCGUGCGCGUGCACCUCCUAGUGCGCGGCCGAAUGACCCAGGGGGAUCCUUGGCCGUGGGAAGCCUCGCCGGAGGAUACUACGGAGAGGGGAAGGGGGGUUUUCUCUCCGUUUGCGCACGGUGGCGUGGAGGUUGAGGUGGACGCUGAGUUGUUUUGGAUCGAUGAUCCGGAGGACGAGGACAUCCCAUGCGAAGUGGGGUUGUGGGACUGA